ACCUUGACCUACACGCCUAGCAACGAUCGUAUCCUGCCCAGCCCUUCGCAUCUGCAUCUGAAGAUCAAGAACACUUCGGCUAUCCCUCUGCGUGCCGCCUACCUCCACGGCCCCUACACCCUACACGUUGCCGCAUAUCCCGCCUCGUUCAACCCCAAUCACAAGGUCGAGGAUCCGCAAAAGGAGGGCGUGCCGGACUUUGAGCCACUGCUCAAAGCAGGUUCGAGCUGGUCCACCAAGCUGACCGUUCCCGAGAACAUCCGAGAGACGGGCAACACUUUCGCGUCCGGCCACCAGAACCGCGUUUCGCAAGAUGCCCACAGAGACGACAAGAAGGGUCCGCCAAGUGUCACAUGGAUAAUCGAGAUUGCCUCGCAGAUCUUGUUUUCCAACACGGCCGCUGUUCAUUUCGAGCUCUUGGUCGGUCGGGAUGAACGAAGCUUAGACCUUGGAUUUGCAGCCGUCGCUGGCCACGGUCAUGGCACUCCUGGACAAGUACACGACCACCAGAAGGACAAACGUAGAGACAAUGUUGGCCAACAAAAAGGUCUUUACUCGCGUGCUGUCAAACUCGUAGUCGAGGACACUCAAGCGCUCUGGGACAAGCCUGCUCUACCUUCCAACGAUGUUCGCAAAGACACUCGAUCAUCAAAAGAGUCGGUUCGUAAGUCAAAAGAAACGAAGACCAGCCCCGAAGAGGCCAAAGAGAACACUCCCAAAAAGAAGAAGAAGAAAAUUCAUCUGGUUGUUCUCACCCAUGGUCUCCAUAGCAACAUCGGUGCCGACAUGCUUUACAUGAAAGAGAGUAUAGAUGCGACUGUCAGGCAAGCAAGGAUCGAUGCAAGAAACAGGAGGGCUGCCUACAAAAAAUCACAAAAUAAAUCUGCCUCUUCAACAGACCAGCCAGACCCGUCAACUGACGACAAGCCCAACGAGGAAGCCACAACUGCACCUCUGACAGGAGGCCAAGAAGAUCUCGAUGACGAUGGCGAUGACGACGAAGAACAAGUCAUUGUGCGUGGCUUCAGCGGCAAUGCUGUCAAGACCGAGAAAGGCAUUCAGUAUCUUGGAAAGCGACUUGCCAAAUUUGUGCUGAAUUUUACUUAUCCGGAUCAACCAUUUCAACCAGUCAAAAAGUCCAUGACAAGAUCCUUCACCGAUCAGUUCAAAUCUCAGGCCACUAAGAACGCACGAGAUGGCGAACCUGCGCAUCAUGGAAGUAGCAUCCACCACGACGACAGCAAUACCGAAGAUCUUCCUUACACCUUUACUAGCAUCAGCUUCAUUGGGCAUAGUCUUGGAGGUUUGAUACAAACAUAUGCUGUUGCUUACAUCCAGAAGCAUGCGCCGCAUUUCUUUGAACAAAUUCACCCUAUCAAUUUCGUUUGUAUGGCUUCUCCCAUGCUUGGAUUGAGUAAUGAGAACCCCAUGUAUGUAAAAUUCGCCUUGGAUUUUGGUCUUGUUGGACGUACUGGACAAGAUCUCGGUCUGACGUGGCGCGCUCCUAAUAUUGCAAAGUCUGGCUGGAACGCUAUGAUGGGAGGGUUUGGAGCCGGCUCGAAACAGGAGCAUCAGGAAGACCCAGGAGCAAAGCCUCUCUUGCGUAUUCUGCCUACCGGUCCUGCUCAUACAGUCUUACGCAUGUUCCGCAACAGAACUGUGUAUUCAAACGUCGUCAAUGAUGGUAUCGUACCGCUGCGGACUAGUUGUCUGUUGUUCCUCGAUUGGGGUGGUCUUGGUAAGGUUGACAAGGCACGUCGCGAGAACGGUCUGAUAGGUACAUUGGCUGAGUUUGGAUGGGCUGAGCUUACCGGCGCCAAUGCAUUGCCCAAAGCGCUCAAAAACAAUGGUGUAGGAAGCGGCAUUGGGACCGAAGAUGAAGGGUCUGGUGCUGAUACACCAACUGGAAAACAAGGCGACGAUGUUCCUCAGCCGCAUACAGAAGCGACGGCAGAUGACAAUCGAAACUCCACAACAUCUGCUACAGAACCCGCAGCAGGGCAAUUCUUGAGACCUCACGAUCGUGGAAGUGCAGACACUUCGACGCACGCAGCAAACCAAAGUGGCGGACUUCUCAAUGGAUUCUUCAACUUUUUCCGUCCUGCGCCCUCACCCGAACGCCCAUCCUCGAAAACUAUAAAGGCAGUGCGCCGUGGCCAGACUGUCGAUGUCAGAGCCCACGAUGAAACCGAUGACGCCACCCUGGAUGAAGGACCUCAACGAAGAGCUCGCCGAAACAGUAGAGGUACAACAGACAACCCGACAAUGAGGCCAAGUAAGCGUCCAGUGGCAACACGCGGCGGAUCUAUGAAUUCCAAUCCCGAUACACAAGCACCUCCAAGUACAUCCAUCUUUGAGGCGGCUAGCGAUAUUCUUCAUCCCCCUAUCCCAUCGACAACUUGGCUCAUUGACCCAGCGUCUCGGGAGCGCACCAUAUUCCACGACAGAAUUUACCACCCCGAGGAUAUCCCACAGCCACCGGUGAAGCGUCCCAGUAGACUUUCACGCUCAUUCUCUUCGGACUCUGCAACGAUGAGAUCAUCGCAAUCUCGUGAUGACACGGCUUCGGUUGAUCUUGGAAACAUGAAGGUCGAGGAGAAGAUCGCUCGAGCAUACCAUAAGGAUUUGUCCUGGCGCAAGGUCUUGGUGCGUCUUGAGCCUGAUGCACACAACAACAUGAUCGUGCGAAGAAUGUUUGCAAAUGCUUAUGGUUGGCCUGUGGUCAAACAUCUUUGUGAUACGCAUUUCGGAGACACUUUCACCGCUACUACAAGAGACGAAGAUGAGCCAGCUGUCGACCGUGCCAAAGAUUACUCAAAGGCUGAUCAUGGAGCUGGUGAAGAAGUUCAAGGGCAGAAUGAGCGAAAACCGCUCCAGAGACGUGCUUCAGAUAUGCGCGAAGCCCGAGACGAGCUGAAACCACUUCAAGAGAGUACCGACGGUGCCCUCAAGCACAAACUCAAUCCACAGGGUUCUGCUGUAUGGGAUGAUAUCUAUUUCGAGGGCAGCGACGAUGAAGAUGAUGAGGACGAAGGAUAUGCAGCCAAGGUACAGAGGUUUCUACACCUGAAUCAGAAUGAAGGCGAUGGAGCAACUUGGAUAGGAGGUGGUGGUGUUCCAAAACAAAGCACCGACAAGACAACUCAUCCUGCCAAGAAACGCCAGUCGACUGAGGUGCAUCGUGGUCUGGGACCCACCAGAAGCCAUGAGCCAUAUUCUCCUCGCGUCUCUACAUCCUCAAAUAAUGGACCGGUGUUGUCAUCUGACUCGGCCAGCGGGGAAUUUACAGGCAAGGCGAUGACCGAAGAACCGCCCAGUAUGAGUGCUGGAGAGAGUAUACUAAGUAAUGCAAAGCGCAACAGUACGACUGGGGUGGGCUUGCAAAAGCCCAUCAAGGAAGUUGUAGCCAAACCGAAUGUUGACAAUGAGACAGGUGUUGGUGAGGAAGUCGCUCGCAAGGCAAAUAUAGCAUCGUAG